AUGAGCUUUGGGGUCUCGAUUGGCGAUGGCAUACUUCUGGCACAGCUCGCAUUCCGCACCAUCCAGGCAGCGAAACAAGCCGGUGGAGAACACGACGAGUUGGCCCGAGAGGUUCAGAGCUUGUAUACUGUGCUCGACCGGCUUCGAACGGAAAUCUCCAAUCCACGGUCUCCAAUAAAUCGUGCCAACGAUGACAAGCGGGAGGAGUUGGAAAGUCAUGCUAAAGGGUGUAAGGCGCUGUUGAAGACUAUGGAGUCGGCAUUGAAACGAUACAACAGAAUGGGGCCCGAGGAGCGGAGGGGAAGAAGAUGGUGGCAUAAGAUUCGAUUUGGCGGGAAAACUCCCGAAUUCCACGAGAUUCGGGUUAAACUUUCCACCUACACCUCUGCCAUAACCAUGAGUCUGAACAUGUGCUCUCUAGAGUCAAUAGGUCACAUAGAAGCGAUACUGCAGCGAGUCGAAGCCAGCUCUACUGAGAGUGGACGGGAAAUAAGAGACAUGAGACGGUCUUUACAUUGGGUCACUGCGAAAAUGUCGGCUGUCAGAGAAGAAGGUACUGGGUCAGUAUGGACGUCAUAUACGAAUGAUGACAAGACGUUUUGGCGAACAAUGCGGAGGGAGAUGGUGAAGAACGGUUGCACCAGUUCUGUGUUACACACAAAUAGGAGUCUGAUUAAGGACUAUCUUGAAGAGCUGGGUAACCGUGGUGUGUUCGAUGAUGAACAGGUUGAUGACGGUCAAAGUUCGCUUCUUUCAGAGGGACAGACGGAGCAGGAUGACAAUUCAUCAAGCGCCGACUAUGAUAGCGACAUCAGGGGGAUGAAAAGCUUGGAUCAUUCCGAGCCACAUGGAAAACCGGGGGAGAGUGCUUCAUUGGAGACCGAGAUUCUCACAGAAUCAACAACACCAAAUCCGGCAGCCACUAAUCUAAAGGCAAGCAUUUCCAAUCCUAGUUUAGAAGAUGUCGAUGAGACUCCUGAUGAAAUCAACUCUGACGACCCCGAUAUAAAUACGAUUCUGUCUCCACCUAUUCACUCUCAAGUUGCAACAUUUCCAUCGGAAACGGUCAAUACAGCAGUUAAUGAACAGGGGCUUCCUAGCUGCGGAGUUUUGCUAGGAGCUCGAUCGAAAACAUCACGGCAAAAAUACCACUUUCCUUACAUGGAAGACUGUAUUGACGAAUCCUUCCAUACCUGCCUCAUCUCGAGCACCGAAAGUGAGAGCUUUUGGCUUGAUCCUAUUAUUGGGGUCGUCGAGGACGAGGCCAAGAGCGGGAAAUAUAGAUCUGCAGACAUCCAAAAAACAACUAGCUCUAGUCGCAAGGCACAUUCAGCUGCAUCAAAAAAUUACAGAAAAGCUUCGAUCAAUCCAGCAUCUAUUCAGCAACUGGAAGAUCAUAGUCCUGCCGCAGACAAGGAUCAUUUGUAUUGCUCGUGCUUCCAUGACCAACUGAGAAUGAGACGAAAAAAUCCCGGUCUCUACAAAAGCAAAAAAGGGCCUGGUAUUGAAGAAACGAGUACGAGCUCUUUGGCAGGUACGUGUCUGAGUGUCCAAGCGGAAAAAGGUAAGAGAUCUUUGACCGAAUUCGAUUAUUUGCAUCCUAAUGCUCUUACAGCGUCAAAAGAUUUUAUUACUGCUGAACAGUUGAAAAUUCAACAUAGGGCCGACCGGCGGCUGUCUGUGAACUCUGGGGAUUCAGCUCAAAGUGACGGAUCUGACAAUACCGAAAUUACAGUCAGAACUCAGUCGAGCUCUCCUAUACAUAUACCCCAAUACUCCGUGGAUACGCAUAGCGGUUAUGGGUCGUCGAAUAUUCAUAAAGACGAAACGUCAUCGGAAUCAUCGAGUGAGUGGGGGACACGAUCAAAUGCAUACUCUUUGUACAGUCUGUUCAACAAUGCAACACGCCCAGGGUCUAUCAAGGGAACUCCGGGCAUCGCUCCAGAUACUGCUCAUAACAUGACUAAACGUAACCAGGCUUACUGUUCUAGUGAAGGAAUAAAUUUAAAGAUCUUUGAGCCAUUCGACAUGUCGGUACCCCUUGGAUCGAGAUAUUCUCGUCUGGCUGGCCGCCAAAAGACACAUUCCGAUAGGUGCACUUCCGAUAUGUGCACGCUAUAUGCUCGAUUUGAGUCAUCCGAUGCCGAGGCUUCUGGCAUUCAUGAUUCAGAGGGCAGCGAGGAGAUCAGCACAGACGAUCACAAUCGCAAUGGUUUUAGCACGUCAGAUUGUGAUGAGUCUUCUGCGUGCGACGACCCUAUGGCGAGUCACAGAGGAGAUCCGGUUUAUGAACGCUUCAGUCAGUCGACCGCUAAUAAUUUUACGCAAUGGCGUCCAGAACAACUUCGCUGGAUAUUUUACCAUCAAUACCGAGACUUCAAGAAAUACAAAAGGUUACGUGAAAGCUUCGAAGUGCUACCCACCGCAAUACGCAAUUCCUAUAUCUUAAAUAGACCUAUUCCUUCCAAAAAGCCAACCAUUCGUGCUUACGAAACACGUAAUCCCGCUGCCACAUUAAAAGAUCUCAAACAUUGGCAAAUCCCCGCAAGCUACUAUCAUUCCCUGUGGCACCCUAGAAGAGUUCCACUAUACCUUGAUGGGAAUGUUAUCGAUGGGAUCUCUUUUGCAAUAUGGAUUGAAGGUUGGGCAGUUGCCCAAUACCGCCAUAAUUCUCAUCAGACGAAAACUGUUCAGAAGUUUGGCAAAAUUGUCCGUAAUCUUGGACAAGCUUUAUCCGAUAUCAAUAACGCAUCUUAUGCGGAAAAGAAGGAUCUUCCUCGAAACCUUUAUGACGAGGGAUCUGAAAUUCUUUGGAAACAACUAGAAGAUGUAUUGGGUUGUAUCAUGACGGAUGCCCGAACAUAUAGUCCCUGGUCGUCCCGCAAUAGCAAGCUAGAAGCAAAGUUUCUAUUUCAUUUGUGGUUGAAUCUUGCAAUUCAACCCGGAACAUUACUUAUUGACCCUGCCCACAGUUCAGAGCUUUUUGAUUUCCAGCAAAAUUCGCAAGAUUGGUUAAGGCGAGUGGGCUUGCAUCCAGCUUUCGACUCUCUUUGGGACACAUUUACACCGAACAUUCAGACUGAAGUAGACACGGGAGUCAAGAAGCCACUUUAUGACCGACCCAUCUACCAUGAGGUUUCUUAUUAG